AUGAAUAGCGAUUACCAUCCCCCUCUCGCCCUCACCAUCCUGAGUGGCAUCUUCCUCAUUCUCGGAGCAAUAUGCUUCCUCAUCGUCACUGUCGACAUCAUCUGGCGUCGAGGUUGGCGCAGUAUGAUGGGCAUCAUGGUGCCUGUAUACCCAAUCAACGCUGCCUACAUGAUGCCCGUCACCCUCUACGUCUACUUCAAGUAUGGAAGAGCUGCCAAACCCAUGUCGAAAGCACAAGCGUACGCAGAUGAUUCGAAGACUGGGCAUUGCUCAUCGAAGCAAGCUCCAACCGAUCAAGAUUCAGCAUCUCCUCCGCCCUGCCAUGCUCCUUCCACCAAAGAGAAAGAUGAACAACUAGAUCUCCCCGACCACCCUCCCGCUUGCCAUUCCGACCUCGAAAAAGCAACCCCAGAUGAUUCCGACGCACACUGCCAUCACCACGACGCCUCCCGACCCAUGAUCAUCACGCUCCUUGUCGGCGUCUCCCACUGCGGCGCCGGCUGCAUCCUGGGCGACCUCGUCGGCGAAUGGCUGGUCUACGGCACCGGCGCCAAAAUCAACGGCCACUCCAUCUGGGCCGAACUCCUCAUCGACUACGCAUUUGCCUUGCUCUUCGGCAUUGCCUUUCAGUACUUCUCCAUCGCUCCCAUGAGCGGCGAGUACGGCCCCAAGACGGUAUGGAGAGCGGCCAAAGCGGAUAUCCUCAGCCUGACCAGUUUUGAGGUUGGUGCCUUUGGAUGGAUGAUCAUCUACCAGGUUGGGAUCUUUAACUACCAGCUGAGCAUGGACACUUGGACGUAUUGGUGGAUGAUGCAAAUCGGCAUGGCGCUGGGAUUUGCCACCGCGAUUCCCAUGAAUUACUUUCUAAUCACGAGAGGUAUCAAGGAACCUUGCUGCUGA